AUGGCUAGUCCUCCUGUUCUAGCUUUCGACGCCGAGGGCCGUCCGGUCAAAUUCGAAACCUGGCUAGAUGACCUGCACCUUUUCCUACAGCUCACUGCCAAGGAAGAUAUUACUCUGUACGACCACGCUCUCGGCCAUGCGACCGCCCCACUCACUACUGCCCCCCCAGCUGAGCGCUCACAGUGGCAGACCCGUGACGCGCACGCUCGCUUUGCUAUUCGCAACUCCCUGCCACUAGAUGAGCGCGAGCACUUCGGCCAGUGCAAGACUGCUAAGGACCUCUACACAGCUGUAGUGGCCCGCUACUCCUCACCCGCUUCUGCCACGCUAGGCCGCCUCACUCUCCCCUACCUGUUCCCUGACCUAGCCUCCUUUCACACUGUCGCAGACCUCAUCACCCACCUUAAGACUAGUGAGGCUCGCUUUCGCGCUGCCAUGCCUGACGAGUUCCUCGCUAGCAACCCCCCCCCGCUCUGGAUCACUCUCUACCACGUUGUCACCCGCCUCCCUGACUCUCUGCGCCCUGUCAGGGACCAGUUCCUCUCUCGCUCCCCCACUGAACUCACCGUAGACCUCCUCGAGAAGGAACUGCUUGCAGCCGAGGCUAGUAUCGUCGCUGUAGGCACCUCUCGUGGCGACCCCCGCGGCCCCUUCUUCGAGGGGUGCUCCCCUUCCCCCCUCCUCCCCUCUGUCGCCUCUGCUGCUGCUGUCGACCUCCUUGGUACUGAGAAGGUCGGGGCUGCGUCUGCUUCAGGCGGACGACGCAGGGGCAGGAGUGGCAGGAGUGGGGGUGGUGGCGGAGGAGGCGGGAGUGGAGGUGGUGGCGGUGGAGGUGCGACUGGAGAGGCUAGUGGCGGCAGUGGUGGAGGUGACAGCGGCGGUGGGAGUGGUGACAGGGGCGGAGGUGGCAUCGGAGGCGGAGGUGGUCGUGGCAGCGGCAGGGGUGGAGGUGGCCGGGGCGGAGGCGGCGGGGGUGGUGGUCGUGGAGGCCCGGGGGGCGGUCAGAGUCAGCAGCCUGCCCCGACCCUUCAGGCCGCCCGUGAGUGGUAUGCGCGGCGCAGCGUCACCUGCCAGUACGUUAUUCGCACAGGUGACCGCACUGGCCAGACGUGUGGGGGGCCGCACCAGACGGAGCGCUGCUUCGCCCGCCUCAACGACGCGUGGCGCACCCAGUUUCCUGGUGGGGGUGAGCUGCCGCGCUGGGCUGAGCUGCUCAGGAAGGGUGUUGAUAUUUGGGCACUAGACUUUGAUGCUAUUCUCACUGCCAUGUAUGCGAUGUCUAUUAGUGGAGAGGGUGCUCAGUACUUGCGUGUUCCGCCCGACCCGGGCAUUCAGGCCAGCCCCGCUGCUGCUCUAGGUGCUAGUGUGUCUGCUCCCACAGGUACUACUGCAGCUGCUGCUCUAGGUACUUGUGCGUCUGUGCCCCCUGGUACUGAGUUGACUGCAGCACUGCACACCUUCACACUGGACUCAGGUGCUUCUCGCUCUUUCUUUCGUGACCGCACUGUCCUUGAGCCUCUAGCUCGGCCGGUUGCUGUCUCUCUUGCUGACCCCUCUGGGGGUCCGGUCCUUGCGACCUCCUCCACCACCCUUCCGUGUCCAGCGGUUCCGUCCGGCACGCUCUCAGGUCUCUACCUCCCCUCGUUCUCCACGAACUUGGUGGCAGGUAGUGCGCUCCAGGACGGGGGUGUUCACCAGUUCACCCCUGCCUACGAGCGUGUGACUCACUGCACAUGUGCUCGGACGGGCCGCCACCUAGCUACUUUCACUCGAGAGCCGGGGUCUGACCUGUACACACUGACCACUGAGUCCCCUCAGGUAGCUGCGUCUGCGUCAGCGUCAGGUCAGCUGUCCGCCCCCUGCUCGUGUCGCUCUCUGGCGAACGACACCGUCCUCUGGCACCACCGCCUUGGUCACCCGUCUGUGCAGCGCCUGCGGGCCAUGCACAAACGGGACCUUGUUGCUGGUCUUCCCAGGGUGCUCCCUCCCCUUCCUGACUCCCCUGCUCCUGACUGCAUUCCCUGUGUCGAGGGGCGGCAGCGCGCCGCUCCUCACUCCUCCUCCUUUCCCCCGACGACCGCUCCCCUGCAGACGCUCCACAUGGACGUGUGGGGCCCAGCCCGCGUCCGUGGUCAGGGUCAGGAGAGGUACUUCCUGAUAGUUGUUGACGACUACUCGCGCUACACCACGGUCUUCCCCUUGCGCGCCAAGGGUGACGUCCCUGGUGUUUUGAUCCCCUGGAUCAGCCGAGCCCGUCUCCAGCUAGGCGAGCGCUUUCACUCGGACUUUCCUGUCCUGCGCUUGCACUCUGACAGAGGUGGUGAGUUUGCCUCCGACCUCCUGGCAGCCUACUGUGCUGAGCACGGCAUUGAGCAGUCGUACACGCUUCCGGCCUCUCCACAGCAGGAUCGGGUUGCUGAGCGCCGCAUUGGCUUAGUCAUGGAGGUCGCUCGUACCUCCCUGACCCAUGCGGCUGCUCCCCACUUUCUGUGGCCGUUUGCGGUCCGGUACGCUGCGCAUCAGCUCAACCUCUGGCCCCGUGUCUCCUUGCCGGAGACUUCCCCGACUCUGCGGUGGACGGGAGAGGUUGGCGAUGCGUCGCGUUUCCGGGUGUGGGGAUCCCGAGCUUUUGUCCGCGACACGUCUGUGGACAAGCUCUCCCGUCGCGCUCUUCCCUGUGUCUUCCUUGGCUUUGUUCCCGACGCGCCUGGAUGGCAGUUUUACCACGUCACCUCGCGCCGGGUUCUGGCCUCUCAGGACGUCACUUUUGACGAGUCCGUCCCCUUCUACCGCCUCUUCCCCUACCGCACUGCCCCGCUCCCCCCCCCGCCUCUCUUCCUCGCUCCAGGUGCUGAGACCCGGGUGAGCCUGUCGAGGUAG